AAUGUAAAUUAUUAAGAGCAAAGUAGUGCAGUAAUUGGUACAUCGUUCCUAAUACAACAAAAUUGUAUGGCAAUCAUCUAAUCCAUAUAACAAAAGAUGGCAAUACAAAUUUAAGAAUGCUUAUUACACAUAUCCAAGAGAUAUUAAUUAAGAGCAUACCUAUGUAAAAACUCCAAAAGAUAAUUGGGAAUCAGUUCCACUUGGAUGGGCUUGGAUCUAAGAUUUAUUACAUAGACAUGUAUACAUUAUAUUAAUAAUCUAGGUGCCAAAUUUCUCAUGUUUAAUAGAAAGAAGACAUAGAUUAUUUGAUAAAUUUAAUGUUUAUUUCUUGCCUGCAUUUAGUCUAUUCUUUUAUCAAUUUUAUCCAUUAGCAUUUGGAUUUAAAGUAUGAAAUCAUGGAUAUCAAUUAGGUUUUAACAGUAUUACCAUUGGCAAUGUUAUAUGUGAGAGCAAGAGACAAAUGUGGUGAUCCUGAUUUCAAAGAAACAUACCUUAGAGAUAUGUUAUACAAAAAUAAUGAAAUAAAUGCUCUAUUUAAGGAUGAAACUCUUCAUGUUUUAGAUUACGAUUGUGAAUAUGAUCGUGGAUAUCCAUGUCCUGAAAAAUUCCCAGAAUUUAAGAAUAAGGUAAUAAAAGAAUUAAUUUUUUUAGUUUUGGCAAUUUUUCAAUACAGAUACAUCAAUGACAACUGGAUAUUUCAAAAUGGCUGAUGUAGAAACAGGUGCAGUAAUGAAUUUGAAAUUUAAGACAAUGCCUGUUCCAGGAAAAUAUAGAUAUUAAAUAGGGGAACCAUUUUAUUUUUAUGAUUUAAGAGGUAUUUAAAAAUAAUAAGUCUAAAGCUGAAAUUACUCAUAAUGGAUAACAUAAAGAAGUUGUUUUAGUUGAUGAGAAAGUAGCUCUGCAAAAAAUAAGACCAUUUUUAUUAAUUAUUUGAA